GUUGUACAUAAUUAUAAACUCUUGAUACCACCACAUGCAUCUCCAUUAGAUUGACUCCGUUUAUGAGUGCAACAUGAAGUACACAGCUUACUUUUCUGUUAUAGCAAUAUUAGUAUCAAUUUCUACUAGAGUGCAAGGACAAAGUGCUUGCAGUACAUGCAAUGAAGGUGAUGGUCAGUUCAAUGGCCUUUGUAAAUGUGAUGGCAAGUGCGAAUUGUUUGGAGAUUGUUGUGAAUCCACUCUAAAUACUAUUACGCCACCUGGAUUUGUAUGUCGUUCUAUAUAUCCUGACAACAGAAUCGAGCCACAAGUCAAUGAAUCGUUUUGGAUGGUCUCAAGUUGCCCCAGCAGUUGGUCCACUGAUGACGCCACCCAAGCAUUAGUGAGGGACAACUGUGUCUCUUUGAACAGCUCUCUCCCUCCAAUUACAGAUAUCAGUACUGGAAUGGUUUAUUCCAAUGACUUCUGUGCUAUUUGCAAUAGAGCUCAAGGAUUUGCAGUAUGGCAACCCAACCUUGCCUGUACCAGUUACGUGUAUGAGCAACUUGCUGCAGUAGGAAUCCAACAGUUGCUUGCAAUGGAUCCCACAAUUUUCCAAACACAAUGCCAAACCUGCUCAUACCAAGCACCCAGUCUCACCUCUAUUCCCAGACCAAGGUCCUGCUUUCCCUCGAUUUCAAGUUGCUUAGAUCUCUCUAGUUUGGAAAUUCUAACUGGACAAGAACUGAGUGAAGAAAUGUAUACUGCAAUGAUUAAGACAUGUGAAAAUGGACCAUAUGAUAUUGUGAUGACUAAAUCUGGAACUCUGUACAGAAACCAGAAUUGUGCAGUGUGUAAUGGUGAACAAAUUUAUGCAUGUCUUAUCGACUCAUCAACAAGAACUGAAAUACCUCAAGAAUGUGCACCAGCUAACCCCACUACUGAGCCUCCUGCUACACCACUUGACCCAUUUAAACCCCCUGUGCGCCCCUUUGUCCCACGGCCUGAGAACAGACCCCUUGGAGAGAUUGUGCCACCACCACAACCAAUACCACCACCAACCAAUAAUGGUAUUCCCUUCACAAUAACGCUUAGUAACUUGGGAGGUGGACAGGUACAAGUGUCAGUAAUGACAGAGAUGGUGAUAGUGACUGUAGAUUGCCCUAAUGGAGAAGCUGCUUUGGGGUUGGAGUGUAGACCUACCCUCUGUCCUGAAGGCUACGUUGAAAAUGGAGGUCGUUGUGCUUUUCUGAUUGGGAGCUCUGCUAACACUACAACACAGUGUUUGAGUGGCUUUGUGGUAUUAAACAUCUCGGAUUAUGUCUUUGUUGACAAUGACACUCUGCUGUACAAUGGUCAGGUGCUUAUGAUUGUUGAGUUUGACCUUAUUGGACAGCCAGUAGUUUGUUUAAACAACUCACUAUUUGGAGAAUUUUUUGACUGUCCCAGUGGUUUGGUUGCGCUCAACAAUUCAGAAUUUACGGAUUUGGGUAACAACACAAUUGUGUAUGAAGAAGAAUUGUUCAGUGUUAUUGAAUAUGAUGACUUUGGCAGACCAAUUAUUUGUCCUCCAAAUGGCACUACAAUUGUUAGAAGUGUGACUAUCUACUCCUAUCCUGAAGGUUACUUUAUUCUCACAUACAUUGGGUGUUCUUUGUCUGUUAUUGGUAGUGCAAUAGUUUUGCUGACAUAUGGAAUAUUCAAGAGCCUCCGAACAUUGCCUAGUUUGAUCCUUAUGAAUGUUUCUGCUGCUAUUCUAUUAAACAAUCUCUUCAUUAUCAUUGGUGGACCUGUUACUCAAGCAUUUCCCAACAUAGAACUCUGUAAGAGCGUUGCAAUUUGCCUUCAUUUUUUCUUCUUGUCACAGUUUUCAUGGAUGACUAUCAUGUCAUUUCAGAUGGCAAGGACAUUCUAUCAAGCGACUAAAAUGAAGUUGGACUCUAAAUACAAGCAAAAGGUAGUAUUUGGUGUGUAUUUUGUUGUUGGUUGGAGUUUACCAUUAGCUAUUACCGUCACAUCGAUUCUUGUUGACUUCACAACUGAAGAUCUUGUUUUGUAUGGUGUGUUGGAAGAUGGUCGGUUGGGAAGUUGUUGGAUCAAUCAUCUCGAAUCAGCCAUUGUUGCAUUCAUUGUGCCUAUGGUGAUAUCUCUCGUUGUCAACAUGGUGCUGUUUCUUGUAGUUACUACAUACCUCUGUCUUGCAGCUCGAUCAAGUUCAAAACUGGACAAAAAACAAAAUCUUCCUUUCUUCCGUGUGAACGCUGCUGUGUUUUCAGUAACUGGACUGACUUGGGUGUUUGGUUUCAUUGCAUUGCUUGCUGGCACUAACUGGGCUUGGUAUCCUUUUAUCAUCUUAAACAGUACUCAAGGUUUUGUAAUAUUUGUUGCCUUUCUGUUAACAAAACGUGUGUUGGCUCUUUACUGGAAUCUUCUAGUUUGCCGCACAACCCUUGAUACCACCAAGCCAAGCAAAUCAGGUGAGAGUACAACUGGAAGUCAGCAAAAAACUCUUCAAUCGUCUACAACAGAGGUCACCCUCGAAAGAACACUAGAUCAUAUGUCUACAAAAAUCAGCCUCAAUGUUUAACAAAUUCUUUUGAACAUUCACCCAUUAUUUUUUCGUUACUACUUUUGCACUCCAAAUAUUUUCUUGAUGAAAUGUACAGCGUUUGUAUAUGAUAUACUAUGCUAAAUGGAAUUUGAA